UUUCCCUAUCGACCUUUGGAUGCCAGCAAGUCAGAAAUCCGAAUCAUUAAUUUGAAGCCAGGCACGGCAUUAUCUCCCUUACAAUGCGCUUUGCAGCAUGUUCCCACCGCCAACAAGUCUCGAGCAUCGUACAAAGCGUUAUCUUACACGUGGGGAGCCCCAGAGCCAACAAAGAUACUGUUACUUGAUGGUAUUCAAAUCCAGGUUCGCGAGAAUCUCUGGCAAGCUUUGUACCACAUUCGCCAACAGAAUGCCACCCUCCAACUCUGGGUCGACGCACUUUGUAUCAACCAAGAAGAUAUACCCGAGAGAAACGAGCAAGUGUCUAGAAUGGGAACGCUAUACAACCAAGCAGAAGAGGUGAUUGUGUGGCUGGGCCCGGAGAAGGAUGGAAGCGAUGUUGCAAUCUCAUUCAUCAGACACAGCGUAACGCCUCGCUCCCGUGCUUUAGCAUUGGAUCUAUCUUCGGAUCUGCCCUCCUCCAUCGAAUUACGCCCUAUUGUAGAUCUCCUGAGCCGAGAGUACUGGAGGAGAGUUUGGAUUGUUCAAGAGGUGUUCAGAGCCCGC